GUGACCGUUCCCGACGUUUCCCUUCCGCGGUGCAGUCAUGAUGAGUGAAGGCGUCAAAAGAAGCUCUGUCGUGCGUCGGCUGUGGUUCGACGAGAUGCAGCAGCAGCAGGAGGAGUUUGAGCCUUCAGCCCCGCCACUGGAGGAGGCUCAGGAAGAAACCGAAAUUGCAAGCGAGUGGCGGGAGGCGGAGGUCCCGGGGCCCAAACGAAGACGAAGGACGGAGAGGUCGAUUCGUGGAGGCAAGGCAACGCGCCGCUCGGAGCGCAUUGCAGCACGCCGCUGCCGAGAAAGAUGGAGCCCUUCGCACAUGGAUUGGGGAAAAAUUCGCCGACGUACUGAAGAGAGUGACUUCUGUUGGGAGGAGACGUCUGAUUCGUUGGGUGGAUGCAAUCUCGCAGCCGAAGAGGGGGGCGUGUGCAAUCCUGUAUGUGAAGAGGGAAACAUGUCUGAAAUUGAGGAAUAAAUUGUGCAAUAAUUUCAAUCAAAAAUUGAGUUUCAUUUCAAAUUGGAGUGUGGAUAGGGCCCUGUGAGCUCACCGUGAACGAGAGAGAGAGAGAGAGAGAGAGAGAGAGAAAGCAACGCGACGUGACUCUGACUCUGUGGAGGGGGAACGCAGUGCCUCGCUGUGGCGCGAGAGCGGCGGCCAUCAUUAAAAAGUCGUCUCCGAAAGUCCAGUCUCUGCGCGGACACUAAGGGUA